UGAUUCAUUAAAAAGAGAAAAAAAAUUAAAAAAAAAUUUAAUUGUAGGGAACUAUGUUGAUUAUACAGGUUCUUUAGAUGCCGUAAGUAAUAAUGAUUAUUCUAGACAUUCACUAAACGUACGAAGUCAUACAGGUGGUUCUUCAGAGACAUUAGAUUCCCUGCAACUUGAUGAUAUUCUUGAGUAUGUUGAAAAAGAUGAAGAAGAAAUCACUAAUACAGGUUAUGAUGAAAAAAUACAAGGAAGAUAUUUAGAUAAAAACGAUUAUACUGAAGAGUUUGGAGACCUAGAAAAUUACGAAAGAAUUAGGAAAAAAUUAGAAGCAUGUAAAAAUGAUGGAACUUUUACAAAAAUGAAAAGUAAUAAGAAUAGAAAAAAAGAAAAUUGUAGAUCAAAACAUAAUAUGUAUACAAAAAAAAUAAAUUCAAGCGCUGAAAGAGCAUUGAUAGAUUUAUUCAAAUCGAAGAGUAGUAUCAUUGACGAUGAUCUUAAUAAUGGGCAUAUGCAUAAAAAGAAUUUAAAAUUUAAGGGCAAACAUAAAAUAUCUAUUCCUCAUGUAAAACAUUUAGUCCCCAUAUUACUUCUAGUAUAUAUAGGUUCUUAUUUAGUCUCUCCAUUUUCAAUUUUUUUCGUAACAUUAUUCUUAAUUCACAUUUUUCAGUUUAUGUUUGUAUAUGUUGAAAUAAAAUCCAAGAACGGAAUAAAAUUAUGGAAAAAACCUUCGAUGAAAAGAAUACUAAAAUAUUAA